AUGAAGGCAUUCAAUUUACAGGAACAUAGUGAAAUUCAGAAAAAAUAGAAAGGAUAAGAAUAAUAAUUAAAAGAUGAAUAGAAAAGAAAACAAAUUAUAGAGAGACAAUUACUUGGUAAAGAAUAAGAAUAAGAAGCAUCAAAAUACUAGCCUGACUCUUUAAAAGCUGAUAUUAAUUCAGGUAUUUAAAAAUUAAAACAAAGGCAAUUCAUUACAAAAUUUAAAUCAUGCUGAAGAGGACAUAUAAUAAUAUGAUUAAGCUUAAAAAUUCAAUCCAGAAAAUUUUGAAGAGCUAGCUAAUGAAGGUAAUAGAGUUUUCAUUUUAUGUAUCAUGUAGGCUUAACGUUAUGCAAUUUGAAUCGGUUUGAGGAAGCCAUUUAGUUCUAUAAUAAAGUUUUAACUAUCAAUCCUAAUUAUUGUAGCGCUCUUAAUAAUACAGGUAUUAUAUUUUUACAUUCUAUUUUUAAUUUAGGCUUAGCAUUAUAUAAAUUGAAUCGUUUUGAGGAAGCCAUAAAUUUUUAUGAUAAAGCUUUAAAUGUUAAUCCUAAAGAUUAUAUUGCCCUCAAUAAUAAAGGUAUAUGAAUUUUUUUUUAUAUUUAAUUUAGGUUUAGCAUUAAGUGAGAUAAAUCGUGUUGAAGAAGCCAUAUAGUUUUACGAUUAAGCUUUAAAUAUCAAUCCAAAUGUUUGCGAAAUAUUAAGUAACAAAGGUGNGAUCUCUCAAAAAUAUUUGUUUAUUAUUAAUUUAUCUAAUAAUUAGACCAAAAGAGAAUCUUCAAAUUUAAAGAUUUUGAAGCUAAAUAUAAACAAGGAUUUACUAAUUUUUCAACAAUAUUUAAUAAGAAAGAAGGAAUCAAAAAAAUCUAAUUGGAAGAAUAAAAAAUUUGA